CCGAAGACUUUUUGUUAAUUCUCUCUCCAUGCGCAAAAGAUCUCUAUAUAUAUUUUGUGUGCGUGUGCGUUUUAGAAGAGAAUAGAAAAAUAUCAAUGGUCAGAAGAAUGAGUGAAGAAAAGACGAAACAACAACAUUUUGUACUAGUACAUGGUUCGUGCCACGGUGCGUGGUGCUGGUACAAAGUUAAACCACUGCUAGAAGCUGCUGGCCAUCGUGUAACGGCCGUGGACUUAGCUGCCUCUGGUAUAGACCGAACCAAGUCCAUCACUGACGUCUCUACAUGCGAACAAUACUCAGAGCCAUUGACGAAGUUGCUGAGAGCAUUACCAAAUGAUGAGAAGGUUGUGCUCGUUGGUCAUAGCUUUGGUGGCUUGAGCUUAGCCAUAGCCAUGGAAAUGUUUCCGAACAAAAUCUCUGUGGCUGUGUUCUUGACUGCUUUCAUGCCUGACACCAAACACUCACCAUCCUUUGUCUUGGAAAAGUAUGGAAGCAACUUACCAGGGCCAGAAGCAUGGAUGGGCACCGAAUUCGAACCUUAUGGUUCAGACAAUUCCGGACUGAGUAUGUUCUUUAGCCCUGAGUUCAUGAAGCUCGGUCUCUACCAGCUUUCUCCAACUGAGGAUCUUGAACUUGGACUGCUUUUAAAGAGGCCAGGAUCAUUGUUUAUUAACAAUUUAUCGAAGAUGAAGAAUUUUUCUGAUGAAGGAUAUGGAUCUGUUCCUCGAGCUUUCAUUGUGUGCAAAGAGGACAAAGCUAUCCCAGAACAACACCAAAAAUGGAUGAUUGAUAAUUUUCCGGUUAAUCUAGUGGUCGAAAUAGAAAAGACAGAUCAUAUGCCAAUGUUCUGUAAGCCGCAGCAACUAUGUGAUCACUUCAUGGAAAUUGCUUACAAAUUCGUUUAAUCAAUCUUCAUGAGAAUGUAUUGGAUUUUAUAUAAUAAGGGUUUGUUACAAAUGUUUUUAAAGCUUCAGAUUGUGUUACUCUAUAUGAGAGUUUGGUAUUCACCUUAAUGACAUAUUUGUCAUAUCCACCCUACCAUAUGUUUUACUCGUAUUUUUCUUGAUUGCCAUAUAUAUGUUAUA